AUGCUACGUGAAAAUGAAAUCAUAUCGAAAGUGUUGCUCACCAUAGAUCAGUAUAAGGGGAAAGUAUCGUCGUUUAGGAAUGGCAUAGCCAAUGAUGACUACUACAAGUCAGCGAACUACUCGCGCCUUCUUGUUUGGAAAGUUUGCUUGAUCACAGAUAGUUUGGAUAUAUCUAAAUGGGAAGGGUCGCUAAACAGUACAAGGGUGGUAUACAGUAACCUUAGGGGAAGAUCAGACUUACGAAUACCGUGGAGCAGGUUGGAUAGAGAUAAUGCAUUUUAUAAGGAAGAUGCGGCGAUAGCUAAGCCGCUCAACAGCAACAAUAGUAAAACUGCGGCACCAUAUGGUGGGCAUAGAAAGAAGGCAUUCAAGAAUGUCAUUGAAAGGACCACAAUAGACCAUGAUCCGUUGGGAUCGAUGGGAGUGGCACUGCCGCUGUCGACCUUGCUGCCCCUGGUUCUGCCUCAGGGUUUGAGUCUGGCGCUGGACUUGGGUCUGGCGCUUGCUGCUUCAUUGGAGGAAGACCAAGAUUUGGACCUCUUGACUCAAAUAACAUUAGAUAUCGAAAGAAUCUUCCCAGGAAACGAAUUCUUCCAUCCUACAAGCACGUCAGGGACCUCAUUGGCGGCCUCUCGUGCCCAUAAAUACUCCAUUGUUCGGAUUCUUUAUAUCUGGUCCAAGUGUAACCCAGGCAUUGGUUACAAGCAAGGACUCCAUGAACUUGUGGGCUUGAUAUACUUAAACUUGUGCAAAGAGUCAAUUGCAAUCCCAAGUACAAAUACAAUCUCCACCGAUGAUUUGAAGAUCUUGAAGCUCUACAAUUCCAAGUACUUGGCCAACGACACAUUUUCCAUCUUCAAUAAAUUCAUAAAUCAGUCAGGAAUAGCAGCUAAGUAUUACGAACAGGAGCUGAGGCUUUUCGAAUCAAUUCAAAGCUUCAAUGUGAAUCUAUUGAAAGUGGACCAGUUAGUUCAUUACAAUUUAACCAGUAAAUUGAAAGUAGAAUCGCAACUUUGGCUUAUAAGGUACUUUCGAUUGCUCUUAAGCAGAGAAUUGGGCAAUGACUUGGAAAUAGUUAUCAGAUUAUGGGAAAAGUUAAUCUGUACCUCGCCAUCUUCCAACACAACCCUUGCCUCUAUUCCAGACAUCAUCAACUUCAUAAUCAUCACUUUAUUGAUCCAUAUUAAAACGGAGUUGAUAACUUCGGAUUUCAGUGAAGCUCUAUCGCUACUUUUGAGGUAUCCCAUAUCUCAAGUAAUAAAGAAGUACAACUCUCCGGAAGAUUUUGUCCAUGGAAUUUACAAAGACUCCAUUCACUUGUACGAGAGAAGAGAUAAAGAUUUGAAAUUGUAUGAAUAUGGAAUUAAACUCAAUGAGACUUAUAAUCCAAAUUUGAAGUUCAAGAUGAGUUACUCUGGCUCUCAAAGUAGACCUACUAGUCAAGAAACUGUGAGGAAAGUGGAUCAAUCUAGAGAAGAGAAGUUGAAGUUUGAAAAGGUUCGCUUGGAAAUGAGGCUAAAGAAGAAGGCACAAGAAAUGGUUAAGAAGUAA